UCUUUCCUAGGCCUGUAGUCCAUUCUGGAAGCUAUGUUCUCAGAGCAGGCUGUCUUAUCUGCCCAAAGCCUCUUGGCUUCCCCUUCUUCUGUUGCCUCUAUGUUUGCCCGUGUGCCCGUCUCGACAUAUUCCAACUGCUCUCAGAACUUCAGGCUUGGGGAGCGGACUUUCAACCGGCAAUAUGCCCAUAUUUAUGCCACACGUCUCAUUCAGAUGAGACCCUUGCUGAUGGAACGAGGCCGACGGAAAUGGGGGAGCAACAUUUCAGUGAAGAAACUGUGUGAGCUGCAGAUGGCUGAGAAGUGCUGUGUGGUGGGAACUCUCUUCAAGUCUAUGCUGCUUCAGCCCUCUAUCCUGCGAGAAAUCAGUGAAGAGCACAAUCUGCCGCCACAGCCUCCCCGCACCAAGUACGUCCACCAGUUGGAUGAGCUGAUCUUGGAGGAUGAGCUGCAACGAAUCAAACUGGAAGGAGCCAUAGAAAUUGACAAGCUGGUGACCGGGACCAUCCUUGCCGUCUAUGGCUCAGAAAGGGAAGAUGGGAAGUUCCUUGUUGAAGAUUACUGCUUUGCAGACAUACCGACCCAGCUGCCCAUGAUGGGACCCAGUACAGAUAGGUUUGUCUUGCUAGUGUCAGGCCUGGGCCUUGGAGGCAAGAGCGGGGAGAGUCUCCUGGGGAUGCAGCUCCUGGUGGACAUGGUCACGGGGCAGCUGGGCGCUGAAGGAGAGCAAAGCAGCGCAGCCCUCAUCUCUCGAGUCAUCCUGGCAGGUAACCUGCUCAGCCAGAAUACCCAGAGCAGGGACACCAUGAACAAGGCCAAGUACCUGACCAAGAAGACUCAGGCUGCUAGUGUGGAGGCUGUGAAAAUGCUGGAUGAAAUCUUGCUGCAGCUGUGUAUGUCCGUGCCCAUAGAUGUGAUGCCUGGUGAGUUUGACCCCACCAACUAUACACUGCCUCAGCAGCCGUUGCAUCGCUGCAUGUUUCCUCUGUCGAGUACUUACUCCACGCUGCAGCUGGUCACCAACCCCUACCAAGCAAAUAUUGAUGGUGUCAGGUUUUUGGGGACAUCAGGCCAGAACAUCAGUGACAUCUUUAAAUACAGCAGCAUGUCUGAUUACCUGGAAAUCCUGGAGUGGACCCUGCGGAUUGGGCAUAUCAGUCCCACAGCCCCAGAUACACUUGGCUGUUACCCAUUUUACAAGACUGACCCAUUCAUCUUCACUGACUGCCCUCAUGUCUAUUUUUGUGGGAACGCACCUUCCUUCAAGUCCAAAGUAGCUAAAGGUGAAGAUGAUCAGAAGGUCUUGUUGGUAACGCUUCCUGACUUCAGCACAUCGCAGACUGCUUGCUUAAUCAACCUGCGUGACCUCACUUGCCAGCCGGUCACUUUCUCUGCCUUUGGUGCUAACGAUGAGGAGGAAGAGGAGGACGCAAUGGAGACUGGGCCUUGAAAUGACUCUUUGGCAGC